UUUUCCCACCGGUUUUUGCGCCCUAAUUCUCUCUCUCUCUUUCUCUCUCUCUCGGUGGCGGAGGAGAGAGAUCCAGCCCUAAUCCGCCAUUAUCGACCUCCCCUCUAUCGGAUUCUCAUAAUCGGAGGUAAUGGCUAGCAAAAGGAUUCAGAAGGAAUUGUUGGAUUUGCAAAAAGAUCCUCCAACUUCGUGCAGCGCUGGACCUGUCGGAGAGGAUCUAUUCCAUUGGCAGGCAACAAUAAUGGGACCCACUGAUAGCCCUUAUGCCGGUGGGGUGUUCUUCAUCAAGAUUCAUUUUCCUCCUGAUUAUCCAUUCAAGCCUCCUAAGGUCAACUUCCAGACCAAGGUGUACCACCCGAACAUCAACUCGAACGGCAGCAUUUGCCUCGACAUCCUCAAGGAGCAGUGGAGCCCUGCGCUGACCAUCUCGAAGGUCCUCCUCUCCAUCGGCUCCCUCCUCACCGACCCCAACCCCGACGACCCUCUCGUCCCCGAGAUCGCGCACCUCUACAAGACCCAGCGGUCCCGCUAUGAGGAGACAGCUCGUGCUUGGACCCAGAAGUACGCUAUGGGCUGAGCCCGACAAAGCAAAACCUCUGUAAGAUAAGAUUGUAGACGGCUAUGUUGUUGUAAGAUAAAAGAAGCGAGAGACGCUCUCUUCUUGUUUCAUUAUUAUUACGACGGUUGUGAUAUACUCUUCACAGAUUAGAAGAAGAAUUUGGCAUCUUGAAGGCACGGCAUAUGUAUGUGUCUUCCCUAACAUUACAACCCUUAAGACUGAACCAGUGUGUUGUUAUGUUGUAAGCUUCUGAAUCUGGACUUUUCUUGCAUGAUGGUGUUGUGUAGUUUUGCCGAAGAUUUUUCUUGUUUCA